GUUGGUAGUGAGAUUGAAGUCGAGUAAGCUCCCCUAGGUCUCCCAAACUUCGUAGUUCUGACUUCCAUUUUAGCAUUAUCGCUAUUCAUGGCCUCGGGUCAAAUGUGGAUUGGUCAUGGACCUGGCAGGAUAAGAAUGGCCCCAGACCACUGGUCCACUGGCUCAAAGAUGCCGACAUGCUUCCUCGUGUAAUUCCCCAUGCGCGGAUUAUAGCUUAUAAUUAUGAGUCGAGAUGGCAUCUUAAUGCUCCCAGGACCCGUUUGAAGCUCUGCGGUGAGGAGUUGAUGAGGAGUCUGCACCAUUUCCGUACUGACGUCCCAGAACGACCCAUGAUAUUCGUCGCACAUAGCCUUGGCGGAUUGGUCAUAUUAUAUGGUUUGCUGUACGCCGACCGCACUGAAUCCCUCAAAUAUAUUCCAGAAUCCACCAUUGGGUUCAUGCCGCUUGGGACCCCCUUUAGAGGCACGAAGAUGCAAAGUCUUGCUAAAAAGGUUGCUUGGUUGAUGGGCCCUAUGGGGUCUCAUGACGGUAUAAUCACCGACUUAGAGCAAGACGGCCGGAACUUAACAGAUGAGGUACAUGCUUUCUGUCAACUGCGGAACAGGCUAGAUAUACCCAUUACAUGCUGUUUCGAACUCUACGGUUCAGACUUCGGGAAGAAGAUUGGAAUUACUGGGUUGACUCGAGCUAGGGUCGUAGAAGAGGAGUCCGCUCAUAUUGCUGGCUGUGAACGAAGACACUUGCAUACGGAUCACUUCAAGUUGAACAAGUUCUCAGGACCAGAUGACCGUUCAUACUUGACAGUAUCAAAUGAGCUUUAUAAUAUGUGUAUCAACGGGAAGAGUAUAAUGGCGCGACGGAAACUCACCCUUCGAGAACGACAUUUCAUGGUUCCAUUCGGACGUAAUGAUAACUUCAUUGGACGCGCCGUUAUUUUGGAGCAACUUCUUGUGAAAGUCCCGCCUAGUGCCAACAAGGACGACUGCCAACGCAUUGCUCUUGAAGGCCUCGGUGGUAUCGGAAAGACCCAGAUCGCGCUGGAAGUCGCAUACCAGGUCCGUGACAGAUACCCAGAUUGUUCUGUGUAUUGGGUGCCGGCCGUAGACUUGACUAGCUUUGAGAUGGCGUACCACGAGAUCGGAAAGAUGCACCAACUCUCCAGUACUUGUAACGAAAAAAAGGACGCGAAACAGCAUGUUAAAUCCGCUUUAAGCGAUGCAAGAACCGGGAGCUGGCUUUUGAUCAUUGAUAAUGCUGAUGACACGGACAUGCUGUUCACUAAGGCGAACUUGUUUAACUACCUCCCUUUUAGUCCUAAAGGAUCAGUUCUUUUCACAACACGGGAUGACGGGCUGGCUGUCAGACUUGAUGUAUCGCAAGGAAACAAGAUUUCCGUGCCUGAGAUGAACGACGAUGAAGCUACCAGGCUGCUACAUACUGGUCUCAAAGAGAGUCAGAUAGGAGACUCGGAGAGUUCAAAACGUCUACUUCACUUCUUAGCCAACCUUCCCCUAGCUAUCAAGCAAGCAUCGGCAUACAUGGCGUUAAAUAGUAAUGUCACCCUUUCGCAAUAUCUGGAAUUCUGCGAAUCGAGCAAUGCCAAUAUGGUCGACCUGCUUAGUAGACGAUUCGAAGAUCGCCACCGGUAUCAAGGUCAUGCACAUACCCUAAAUCCUAUUGCCACGACGUGGUUGAUCUCAUUUGAGCACAUCUCACAACGCAACCCACAAGCAGCAGACUAUCUCAAAUUCAUAUGCUUGUUAGCAGAGAAGAAUAUUCCUCUGUCCCUCUUGCCGAUCACAUCGAAAAUCAAUAUGGCCGAAGCGGUUGGGUUACUUUAUGCGUAUUCCUUCAUCCUAGAACGAGAAAAUCCUGAUUCCUUCGAUAUUCAUCGGCUUGUUCGACUUGCUAUGCAGAACUGGUUGAAAGAAACAGGAGAGUGGGACAGAUGGGCUAUUAAAGCUCUCCAGCGUCUUACUGAGGAAUACCCAUAUCCUGUGUAUGAGAACAUAGAGACCUGGGCUACGUACUUCGAGCACGCAAGAACGCUCUUAGAGUCUUUUAAGCCCAAGGCUGGCAACGAAGUUUGUGUGGGAUUCAUUGAUCUCUUUUUCAACAUUUCUGAAAGCUACAUGGCUAUAGGAGAUUACGGACAUGCUGAAUAUUCAUUUCGGGCGACAUUAGAACUGGGAAAAAUGCUCGGAAAUGACCAUCCCACUAGACUGAAUAUUAUGAGCCACCUUUCAUUUGUUCUUCAGAGACUAGGGAAUCACCGAGAGGCAGGAAUAUUGUGCCAGCAUGCACUCGAGGGAUAUAAUAGAAUACCAAGCGAAGAACACCCCAUCACACUUAGUAGCAUGAAGAAGCUUGCGUACGUUCUCAAUUGUCAAGGAAGGUACAAAGAAGCCGGGAGAAUUUGCCAACAUGUACUAGAAAAAUGGGAAGUGGUAGUCGACAAAAGAAAAGUGGUACUCGACGAAAUGCAUGUGGUACUCGAUAAAAUACAAGUGGGAUUCGAUAAAAUACAAGUGGCACUCGAUAAAAUAUAUCAGCGUACCCUGAAAAGCAUGAUCUCCCUCGGUGAUUGUCUUCAAGAUCAAGGGCAGUGUGGGGCGGCCGAGAGAGAGUCGUUCAAGCUUUUAGGAACACUCUGGGUCAUGAUUGACAUCAUCAGGGGCAUACUUACUGCUUUCAGAAUCUUUCAAAACGGGGAGGGUUCACUUAGCUUGGAGAUAUGGAUGCAGGAACUAGCGUCGCUGGAAAUCACAGCAUAGGAACUGAACAUCCCGACAUGUUUUGUUGGUAUGAGAGCCCAGGCACGAACCCUCUGAAACCGGGGGGACGGGGUGGAGGGAUUCUGUGAGGCCAAAGAGAUGGUACCUGUUUAGCUAGACUAACGUAUUUUUCUGUUAUUACAUGUAUAUCCAACGACAGCUUGAAUUUACGAGGUUAGCACGUAAUCUAAAAAGACCGAAAACUUU